AUGUUGAGGUAUUUUAAGAAAAUACGAGAUGAACCUACUUCAAACAAGUCAUCUCCCCCUCCACCACCUCCUCCUCCUCCGCCUCCUCUACCAGCUCCUCUUGAUGCUAACUCAAAUGAGUAUCCUAGUGAUCCUGGGCUAAGAAAGCACAUUCUUGAGUAUAAUGUUAAUGAAAGGGAGAUUGUUCGACGUUACUAUUUGCAAAAAGAAUACAGCAUUGCAAAAGAUGCGGCUUUUUGUCUUUAUUGCUAUUUAUUCAAAGCGGAUCAUGGUGGUCAAAGUGGUGGUGAUUCUUUUGUUACUGAGGGAUUUAAAAAUUGGAGAAAGAAAGAAAAAUUUAAUGAACAUGUUGGAAAUCAGAGCAACAUUCACAACAGAGUUGCACUAGACAAUGCUCCCUCAAAUCUCAAAUUGACAUCGCCUGAUAUUCAGAAAGAUAUUAUCAGAUCCAUUGCUUAUUUAACCACUAAUUCUAUUCUUGGAGAUCUCGGUGAUGAAUUAUUUACUAUAUUGGUUGAUGAGGCUCGUGAUAUAUCUGUUAAAGAACAAAUGGCAGUUGCUUUACGGUUUGUAGAUGAAAGGGGAAAUAUUGUUGAGCGCUUUCUAGGCCUUGUACAUGUAAGCGACACUACUGCCUUAUCACUUAAAACUGCUAUUGAUUCUUUGUUGUGCCAACAUGGAUUAUCUAUAUCUAAUUUGCGGGGGCAAGGAUACGAUGGAGCUAGCAAUAUGAGAGGAGAAUUCAAUGGCUUAAAAAGCUUAAUUAUGAUGGAGAACCCUUCUGCUUAUUAUGUUCAUUGUUUUGCUCAUCAACUGCAGCUUACACUUGUAGCUGUUGCUGAAAAUCAUAUAAGAAUUUCUACUUUUUUUGAUGUGGUUGCACAAUUGAACAAUAUUGUUGGAGCGUCAUGCAAGCGAAGAGAUAUACUUCGUGACAAACAAUUUGAAAAAGUUAUUAAAGGAAUUUGCAAUGGUGAUAUCUUCACUGGACAAGGUAUGAAUCAAGAGAUGACAUUAAAAAGAGCUGGGAGCACACGUUGGGGUUCACAUUAUAAUACAUUGUUAAGUUUGAUACAUUUGUAUCCUUCAAUUAUUGAUGUUCUUUUAUUUGUUGAAGAGGAGGGAAAAGAUCACAAGCAAAGGGCACAAGCAAAUAAUCUGUUGGAAUUGAUUGGAAAAUAUGAAUUUAUAUUUCAGAUGCACUUAAUGAAGAAUAUCUUGGGAGUCACGAAUGAUUUGUCGCAAGCUUUACAAAGAAAAGAUCAAGACAUUGUAAAUGCCAUGAUUCUUGUAAGAUCAAGCAAACAUCAACUGCAAACUAUGAGAGAUGAUGGUUGGGAUUUGUUACUGAAUGAAGUUUCUUUAUUUUGUGUUAAGUAUGAGGUAGUCACCCCGCACAUGGAAGACUUGUUCGUCUUUCAUGGGAGAUCACGACGAAAUAUUGAAGGAAGGACAAAUCUUCACUAUUAUCGUGUUGAAACAUUUUAUGAAGUGAUAGAUUUGCAACUUCAGGAGUUGAACAGUCGCUUUAACGAGGUGAACACGGAGUUGUUGUUGUGUAUGAGUUGUCUUGAUCCAUCAAAUUCAUUCUCUGCUUAUGAUAAGAGAAAAUUACUUCAGUUUGCUCAGUUUUAUCCAUCCGAUUUUUCCCCAAUGGAGUUAAUGCAUCUUGAGCCCCAACUUGAUAACUUUAUUUUUGAUAUGCGGAGUAGCAAUCAAUUCUCUGAGGUUGUGGGGAUUAUCCAACUUGCUAAAAGGAUGGUUCAAUUGAAAAAACAUCGUCUGUAUCCUUUGGUGUAUUUACUUUUGAAGUUAGCAUUGCUAUUACCUGUUGCAACUGCAACUGUAGAGAGAGUGUUUUCAGCAAUGAAAAUAAUCAAAACCUCACUUCGAAAUCGGUUGGGAGAUGAUAUGGUAAAUGAUUGUUUGAUACCAUAUAUUGAGCGAGAUAUGUUUGAUACCAUUGAUACUGAAGCUAUUAUUCAGCAUUUUCAAAAUAUGAAAUCUCGAAGAGUGAUAUUGUAA